CCAAUAGCAGAAGAAGAAGCUUUAACAGUGAGAGGAGCAUCCAUAGACGAUGAAUGCUUGAUGGAUGCAAAAUUGUGAGCAGAGAAAAAUGUGAAUGAGAGUGAGGUUUGGGAAUGGAGGUCAGUGGAACCCAAGCGAGGUAUAAUCCCUCUCCUGCCGGCAGUGGCAAGUGUAUUGGAAAGGGUAAGGCAAACAGUGUUGCCCAUUCCUGUUUGGCUGCUUGUAACUUCACCAAAUUAAGGAGUAUAUUCCAAGGCGUGGAAUUUCUCUACGCUCCAGAAGAGAUAAAUGUUCAGCGCAAAAUAUGGAGCUUGCCACAUAAAUUCGAAGCCCAAAUACCUAGGUUGGGCCGGGCGACCUGCUGGGCGACCACCCCGGACCAGCCCCAAGAUUCAAACGCAAGAUAAGGAACAAAACGACACGUUUUUC